AUGAAGGAGGAGAUCCACGAUGUCAUCAGCACCAGCAACGCUUCAGCAGCGGCGGCUGCUGCUGGACUAUCACAACUUACAGUUGAUGACGCAGACGCGAGCAGAAACAUCUACGCUGGGGCCACCGACAGCGCAGAACUAGAGUCUUUUUCUCAGAAAGAGGACAAGUUACACCCAGCAGCGCAAGAUGAAGCAUCGGAGUCCUCUGCUAGGGGCAGAGGACAUACAGCUGUUGUUACUGCUGGAGAACCUACGGAAGUGUUAAGGGUUGGCAAUCUUAGGGGUGGUGGCGCCAUGCUUGACAAGGCUGCAGCGGCAGAAGCAGCCAAAGGAGCAGCCGCUGCUGCAGCGCAGGCAGUUUCUGCAGCGGAGAGUGCUGCAGUAGCAGCCUGGGGCAGCACCGACAUCAGUAGCCGUAACACCAACAGCAGUGCCAGUGGUGGAUCCCCAGUGGACAUUCGAUCUCUUCUAUUUCCAUCGUGGAGCGAGAGUGUCGCUCCCCCUAUGGAGACUCAAGGCACUCAGCUUUUUAUAGAAAACGACGGCAGCAUCCGACUGAAUGUUCAUCCCAGUGGUUCACGAACCAGGCGCGGUAGAGGCAGGGGCCAGCGCGUGUUGUCUCCUGACACGGAAGAUUUCCUAGAUGAUGACGAUUUUUACGCCUUUCCACAACAGCGCCAAAAAGUGGAAAACUUACCUGAGACGCGCCUCGGUGCAGCUAGAGGCAGCAAUGCAGCUGCUACCGUUGCCAUGGAGGAGUUGCUUCUGCUUGAGAGACUCAGAGCAGCAGGUGUAGAUCCCUCACUGAGGUCACACCUUGAAGAAGCCCUGCAGCAGCAAGUACACCAAAUUGGCUCAUCAGCGGGGGGGGAAGCCUUUGUUGAGACCACUGAUAGCCAAACGUCCUCAGGCCUAAGUACUGACUCCGGGUUUCAAGGGUGCGUUUAUCCGAGCUUAUUUUUACUGGUGUUGGAUUUCCUCUCCUUGACACUGUUUAGUCUCUGGUUAGCUGUUGCUGCUUUCUUGUCGGGUUGCGCUCCAAUUGAUGCUGAUGCGAAGAAGAAGCUGGAAGCACAGUUAGCGGCUUUGCAGGGAAUCCCAGGGGAUGAAGCAGCAGCGGCCGAAGCACAGAUGCAGCAGGAGGAGGGAUGGAUAGAUGUGUCCGUUGAAAAGCAAACGCCACAAGCAAGCGAGCAGAUUCAAAGUCUCGCUAAGGGGGCAACAAAGAUGUUUGCCACUCCGACAGGGGAACAUCAGCGGGAAAAAAAGAAAGGGGGAGAGGAGGAAAAAGUGAAGGGUAUGAAAGGGACGGAGAAGGAUAAAGACAAGAAAGAGAAAGGCGAAAAGCAUGACAAGGGAAAGAAAGAUAAGGAUAAGCAUAAGAAGGACAAGAAGAAGGAGAAAAAAGAGGGAAAAAAGCCUGAUAUUCCCCCAGGGAGCAGCAGUGAGAACCCAGAAGACGAAAAGAAGUUAUCACGAAAGAAGAAACAACACAACAAAGAGAAAGAACUCAUGCGGGUUUUAUCAUCCAGGCGCACUCUUAAACUGCCAUAG